AUGGGCAGCAACUUGGCAGCCUAUUUUGCAGAUCACAACGAAUCGAAUGGUAGUGGUAUGAGGCCGGGUUUGGUGAGAUCGACUAGUUCGAAUGUACCGGGGAAUGAUGAUGAUGAUAUGGGGCCCUCCGUUUCCAUGGCUGUACAAGCGGAUGAUGAAGAUGGAUUUCAACGUUCUACAUUUAAUUUGAAGAGGACAAGAUCUAUGGGAUAUUUUGACGAUUAUAUCGAUCCGACGAAGAAAAUGCCGGGGAAAUCGGUUGCGCAGGGCUCGGAUGAUGAAUACGAUGAUGAUGACUACAACACAGAUAGCGAUAGCGAGAGUGAUAGUUAUAGUGAUGAUGAGGAUAACGAUGGGUACGAAGAGGAAGAAGCCGCACAAACAAGGGGGAUUUCGCCCUCGGUAUCACCCCCGCCGGCGGACGCAGAUAAUUAUCUUAUGCCACAGGAUGACAAUGACCUGGUGAGGGAACCUGAGAGACAUGUUGACUACCUGUCGCAUGAGUGGAACGAAUGGGACAUUUCGCAGUCCUGGAAAUAUAUUAUCUUGAAGAAAAAGAAGAGGGCGGAAGAUUUGGUCAAUGCUGCUCGUCUGGAGAACGCCUCUUGGAGAACUUGGGCAAAGGCAAGAAAUCAUCUAAAGACUGUCUCACCAGAGAUUGUCAACUGGUCCAAGGAUUCCGAUGUCACUUGGUUAUAUGGUCCUAUCGUGCGUGAUCGAGAUGAUGAUGACGUCAGUGAUGUCGAGAGGGGUUACGGUUCAGAUGAUGAGAAUUCAAAACGUGUGGCAGCUACCAAAAAAAUAGUUAUGACAAAGACUCCAGCUUCACCAACUCCCAAACCGAUUUUAAAGAAAAGAACGGUGUCCGAGAUUUUAGCUGAAAACUCCGAAUGGAAACUGAACGAAGCAAGAAAACACAUAAGCGAAAUGAAGCAUGCCUCCGUCGUAAUGGACCCAUAUGGUGGUGAAUCACAUGAUGUAUAUGACGAUUACGAUGCCUUGGCUGCUAAAGUCAAUGCACAGUACUACCGUCACGGCAAUCAAUACAGUGACAAAGGGAUGGCAGAUUCACAAAUAAUAGACCCCAACACAAUGCAAAAGGUACCGCAAUCUGUACCAGAAAUUUCUCAUUUAGACGAUGGGGCUCAGGAGUACCCUGAGUCGGCACAACACAUUGAAAAGACUAAUUCGAUGUCUAGUGCCCAAAUUAGUUCUGCCUUGGCAAAUUUGAAAUCCAACUUAAAGUCAGCAAGUUCAAAUAAAACAAGACAUAUACAUUUCAACGAUAGGGUGGAGCAAUGUAUGGCGUUGGCGAGAAAUGCAUCUGACAGUGAAUUUUCUGAUGAGGAAGAUGAGUAUAAUACUCUUCGCCAGGGAGAUCUUCGAUCGAAAUCAAAUGAUGGAUCAGACUCUAGUGACAAUAAUCCAUCGUCCUCUUCAAGUGAUGAAAGUGAUGAAGAUGAUGACAAUGCAGGUUUAUUUAUAAAUCCAACCACUUCAAGAAAGGCUGACACUUACCAUCUUACCGAUAGUUCGUCUCAAACUUCGUCGGUACAUUCAAGAACGCCGAUCAAUCCAAUCAUCAAGUUACUACCUGCCACAACUUUAAACUAUGGAUCUGACGAUGAAGCAUCAGACAACGAGGAAUAUAACGGCUAUGGUAACGCAGUGUCACACAACGUCAAUACUUACCGUGGCUACGACUACAUGUACGACUACAACUCGGUUUACACAGGUGAUACUUCCAGUUUUUUGCCUGGAGAAGGUUGUGAUGUGGUCGAUGUGCCGGAUGGUCUAGAUCUACGCGCUGCUAUGGCUGCAGAUAACGCAUCAACUUACGAAAUGGGACAUGCAGUUGCGUCUAGCCAUGGAGAUUCGAAGGAAACUGGCGAUCCUUCGAGCCCCAGCAAUUUCAUGUAUGAUUUGCCUAGGGAUAGUGAUUUUGAUAGUGAUGAACAAUUCAUCGAAAAUUCAAACUAUAGAAGCAGUGACGAUGAUGAUGACGCUUUAUCGAUGAAAAGAACUGUAUCACUCGGUAAGGGCGGCCAAUCAAAUUCACUACGGGAUCUUAGAAAGCCUCCCUCAAGUACUUCUGUCGGACCUGCAAAGACACGCAGCUUUAUUACAGGCAAAUCAGCGGAUAACAAGAAUAAGGACUCAACUAUAACAAAGACACCAGCUCGUGGGGCAAAUCCCGCCGGUAGGCCACGUUGCUUGAAACGGAACUCAUCUUCAUCCAGCUUCAUCUUCAAUUCUGAUAGCGAUGAGGAUGAUGAAGGUUCCGAUGGUGAUGAGCAUGAUGGAUUCAUGCACAACGAACAGGACGGUUUGGACUUUGAUGAUACAAGAGUGGAUGAAAAUGUUUCUACUGGCAAGGAGGAUAAACUUCCGUCAUUCAAACCGGUCAAACCUGUGCCACCACAAAGCACCGUGAUAUCUCCGGAUCCUCGUACUUUUUCAUCACCAGGAGCCUCACAGGCAGGUGACAAAUCUAAGAGCAUACGGCUGAAGAACACUUCUUCGUCUGCCGAAGUGGGGGCUAGUGACGUAGCUAUAUCUGGCAGCUUCUCCCCUAGAUCUGAUUCGGUCAAAUCGGUGGUCUCAAACCAGGGUAUAGUGGACAAGGAAACUACAAGCGACUUACGCGAGAUGAACGAACAUUUGAAGGCCUACCAUCUUGAUGACAAUAAGCAAGAACAGAGUGAGGAAAAUAAUGAAAGUAUACACAAAAUGAUGCAGAAUGCUCGCGGUAUCGCUCAUAAAUACCUUCAUUCAUGGAAAAAUCAAGACCCCAAGGAGGAUCAUUCGAAAGACUAA